GAGCACAGUACCAGUCCAAGCCCCCUUUAAUUUUCCCAUGACUCCUCGCGCCCUCAAGCCCCACCCCCGGUCCAGCAGCCCCGCCCCGAAGUUUGAGGGGUGUGGAUGGUUUGUGACCCCCUCACCUGAUCCUGCCCCUCGGGGCCUAGGAGAGCUGGGCUUGGGCGCCGUGACCGGAACCCGGCAGCCCCCGCGCCAGCGUUGCGGGAGCAGGACCGCCCAGACGCGGAGCCUGCGGCUCGGACAGACGGGGAGGCGGACCCUCCUCACUCAGCGCGCCGACGGGCUGAGAGGGCGAAGGCCCGGGGGGCGGGCGGGCUGGGGUCCCGGUGUCCAACCAGCCGUUUCGGUCGCUUCGCCGCCACCCUUUUCUGUAAAGCGCGGCUCAUGCCAUUACCGCGCCUGCCGUGAGGGCUUGGUCGGGGCAGUGGUAACCUGAUGGCUGCCACUUGAACGGCUGCAAUGUGCCGGGCAGCGCGCUAGGUAGUUUGCUUGGGUGAUUUCACGUCAUCUUCCAAACGACCUGCCGAGCCCAGACCCCGUCGGCAGCCGGACCAUGGAGCUCUCUGACGUCACCCUCAUUGAGGGUGUGGGCAAUGAGGUGAUGGUGGUGGCCGGUGUGGUGGUGCUGAUUCUCGCUUUGGUCCUAGCCUGGCUCUCUACCUAUGUAGCAGACAGUGGCAGCAGCCAGCUCCUGGGCACUAUCGUGUCAGCAGGCGAUACAUCUGUCCUCCACCUGGGGCACGUGGACCACCUGGUAGCAGGCCAAGGAGCCCCAGAGCCCAGCGAACUCCCCCCUCCAUCAGAGGGUAAUGAUGAGAAGGCUGAAGAGGCCGGCGAAGGUGGGGGACACGCCACAGGGGAGUCGGGGGCUGGAGGCGGUGCCGAGCCCAGCCUGGAGCAUCUCUUGGACAUCCAAGGCCUGCCCAAGAGACAAGCAGGCAGAGAGGGCAGCGGGCCUGAGGCCCCCCUGCGCUCCGAGGCUAGCACCUGCAUCCCUGCCAGCCCCGGCCUCAUCCAUGUGCGGCUCAAAUUCCUCAAUGACACCGAGGAGCUGGCUGUGGCCAGGCCCGAGGACACUGUGGGUGCUCUGAAGAGCAAAUACUUCCCUGGACAGGAGAGCCAGAUGAAAUUCAUCUACCAGGGCCGCCUGCUGCAGGACCCGGGCCGCACACUGCAGUCCCUGAACAUCACCGACAACUGUGUCAUUCACUGCCACCGUUCGCCCCCGGGGGCAGCUGCUCCAGGCCCCUCAGCCUCCCUGGCCCCCUCAGUCACCGAGCCAGCCAGCCUUGGCGUCAACGUGGGCAGCCUCAUGGUGCCUGUGUUUGUGGUGCUGUUGGGCGUGGUUUGGUACUUCCGUAUCAAUUACCGCCAGUUCUUCACAGCACCUGCCACUGUCUCCCUGGUGGGGGUUACCGUCUUCUUCAGCUUCCUUGUAUUCGGGAUGUAUGGACGAUGAGGACACGGGGAGAAAAUGAAAGGCCUGGUCUUCCUCCACUGUGGCCUCCCCCUUUCCUGGCCAGAGCUGGGCCCGAGGGCCUGGGAGGCAGGGGUGGGAAGGACACAGGGGCUGCCCCCUCUGUUGGCCCCAGAGGCAGGUAUGGGGCCUCCCCCUCACGUUCACAGGGUGUGGACAUCCCCUCUGUGCAAGCACAACUCAGGUAGAAAUGAGGAGGUCAUCUCAUGUCUGGGAUCCCGCGGGGGUCGAGCUGAUGGCCCUGAAGGUUCCCUCCCAGCAGCGACCCCAGCUCUUCCAGGUGCCCUGCAUGUCUGCCCCUAGCACCAGAGCUGCCUGCCAGGGUGGCCCAGCAUGCCCCCACUGCACUCCUGCUGAGCUGAGGAGUGGCCUCCAGGACCUGAAGCCACCCUGGGGAUAAGGACACCCAGCCACCACCUUCCUCCCCAGCCCUGUAGCAGCAAUAGGUGGCCCCCAUGUUCUAGAGUUUCCACUGUGCUCCCCUCUUUCAGAGACUUCUUUUUUUAAGUCUUCCUAAAGCUCAGUUGGGGAGGGGAUUGGGGCACAAUGCCAAGCCCCCAGCAUUGGGAGGGGCCAGGCCACAGCUGCUACUCCCCUAGGCCUAGGGCUGUGAGCAAGAUGGCACUGGCCCCCAGCCAGCGUCCUACCCCGCCCAGCUCCAAGGACGAGCUCUGGGAUGGCUCUCAGGGUCUCCUGUCUGAGGCUGUUGGAUGGAGGGUUGGUGUCUGUGAAUAAAGUUCCAUUCCUGUGGCUGUGGAGCCGCCUCCUGUGA